AUGGAGCACGGCGGGGAACAAGCCGCGCCGCCCGUGUCCGAGGUGCAGAUCAAGGAUGAGCACGGGAACGCGGUGCCGUCCGAGGCGCAGCCGGUAGGCGUGCAGGCCGAUGCCACGACCGACGCCAUCGCCGAAAAUGACGCGCAAUUAGGCGAGGAAGACGAGGAGAAGGAGGAGGACGAGGAGGAGGACGAGGAGGAGGAGGACGAGGAAGACGACGAGGAGGAUGAGGAAGAAGACGACGAGGACGACGAUGAAGAUGGUCCUCGGCGUGCCAAGAAACAGAAGCGCAACCGCUUCCUCGAUGUCGAGGCCGAAGUCGAUAACGACGAGGAGGACGUCGACGACGAAGAGGCCGAGGAGCUCCUGCGCGAAGACGGCUUCAUUGCCGAUGAUAUGCUGGACGAGUCGCGCGAGGAGCAGCUCAAGACGGCUUCCGAUAACCAGCGCCUUGACCGCUUCCGGCGCCAGGAAGAAGAGAUGAGCGCCGAGGCGCUCGCCGAAGAGCUCCGCCAGCGCCACGCGCGCAACAGCCGGUACUCGUCGCAGUCCGACUAUGCCGAGGUUCCGCAGCGCCUGCUGAUGCCCAGUGUGGACGACCCCGGUUUGUGGCGCAUCCGGUGCAAGCGCGGGCGCGAAAAGCACCUGGUCGCUACGCUCAUGCGGCGUGCGCUCACGCAGGAGGCCUCGGCCAAGCCGCUGCGCAUCUUUUCCGCGUUCUGCCGUGACUCGCUCGAGGGCCAGAUUUUUGUCGAGGCGCGCCGCGCAGACGACGUAACCGACGCGUUCAACGGCCUGGCCGGCGCGUAUGUGACCAACACCAAGCCCUUUUUGGUGCCGAUUCUCGAGAUGGCCGAUCUCCUGAAGCUCCAAAAGAAGCAGAGCGAGGUGCCGAUCGGCGGCUGGGUGCGUAUCAAGCGUGGCAAGUAUGCGGGCGACCUCGGCCAGGUGCUCGAUGUCACCGAGAACGGCGAGAUGGUCGGUGUGAAGCUUGUCCCCCGUCUCGAUCUCAACGCGAGCGAGGCGGAAACCUACACGGACCGCGCGGGACGCAAGCGCAAAAAGCCCGUGAACGCGGCGCUGACUGCGCUCGGCUUCCGUCCUCCCCAGCGCCUCUUUAAUGCGGAGGAAGUGCAGCGUGCGUACCCCCAUGAGCUGCCGAGCUACCGCCAAGGCGCGUGGGUCUUUGGCGGCGAGACCUUCCGCGACGGCUAUCUGGAAAAAGACUUUAAAGUGACUGCGCUCUCGAUGGAGGACGUGAACCCGUCGCUGGACGAGGUGCUUGCCUUUACCGGCGAGCCGCACACCGAGGACGGCAGUGCGCCGAAUGUCGACCUGCACCUGCUCGCCGAUGCCUCGAAGCGCGGUCUCGAGGCGACGCUGCAGCCCGGCGACCACGUCGAGGUGUUCGAAGGCGAGCAGGCCGGUGUGUCUGGUGUGAUUGAGUCGCUCGAAGGCGAGGUCGUCGUGAUUGAUCUCGGCGACGAUGCGCUCGACGGGCAGCGCAUCGAAGUGCCUGCCAAGAGCGUCCGGAAGCAGUUCCGCGCUGGUGACCACGUCAAGGUCCUUGCCGGCAAGCACGCGGACGAGACCGGUCUUGUGGUCAAGGUCGAGGACGGCGUGACGACCUUCCUCUCGGACCUGUCGCUGAAGGAAGUCUCGGUCUUUUCCAAGGACAUUCGCGAGGCCGCCGAGGUCGGCUCGGGCGUCAACGUGAUUGGGGGCUACGAGCUGCAUAACCUCGUCCAGCUCGAUGCACAGACGGCCGGUGUGAUCUUCAAGAUCGAGCGCGAGUCGUUCAAGGUCCUCGACCAGAACAACCAGGUGGUGACGGUCAAGCCGCACCAGAUCAACCUGCGCCGCGACACGGCGCGCUCUGUUGCGCUGGACCACAACGGCCACGAGGUCCACGUCGGCGACAUGGUCAAGGAGGUCGAGUGGCAGCUCUCGCAGUUCCGUCAGGGCCAGGUCCUGCACAUUUACCAGUCGACGCUGCUCUUUAUCCACAACCGCGACUAUACCGAGAACGGCGGCGUGUUCCUCGCGCGCGCGCGCCAGGUCGAGCCGCUCGCGCCGACGACGGUCAAGACCGGCUCCACGGACCUCGCCAAGAUGAACCCCGCCCUGGCCGAGCCGAGCACCGAGGGCGGCGCAAAUGCGGUCGCCGCGCGCAAGGGCGGCCGCGACAUCUUUGCGGGCCGCCAUGUUGCGAUCGUGCGCGGACCCUACAAAACCUAUCGCGGGAUUAUCAAGGAGACGACCGGCGGCAUGGCGCGUGUCGAGCUGCAUACCAUGAGCAAGAUCCUCACUGUGCCGCUCGACUCGAUGGUCGAAAAGAACCCGGUCACGGGCGAGUCGCGCCGCCUCGUCGGGCCGCCGGGGCCAGGCAUGGGGCCGCCGCCGGGCGCGAACCCGUACGCGAACCCGUACGCGGGCGCACAGACCCCCGCGUACAACCCGUACAGCGGCGCACAGACGCCGGGCUACGGCGGCCGCACGCCGGCCUACGGCGGGAUGGGUCAGACACCGAACCCGUACAGCGCGACGCCGAACCCCUACGGCGGGCGGACACCCGCGUACGGCGGCAUGGGCCAGACGCCGAACCCCUAUGGCGCGACGCCGAACCCCUACGGCGGCGGCCGCACCCCGGCGUACGGUGCAAUGGGCACGCCGAACCCCUAUGGCGGCCGCACCCCGGCAUACAGCGGGAUGGGCGCGACGCCGAACCCCUACUCGGGCGCGACGCCGAACCCGUAUGCGGCCCCCACGCCGAACCCCUACGAGAGCGCCAACCCCUGGUCGUCGGCGGCGAGCGGCGCGCCUGCUGCGCCGCCUUCGCUCCUCGAAGGCAUCCGCGUGCGUAUCGUGCGCGACGCACAGGGCACGUCAUACCAGCGCGGCGCGUACGACGACUCGGUCGGCCACCUUACGUCGCGCAACCCCGUCUCGUGCAAGGUGGAGCUGGAGGCGGGGACGCAGCUGGCGGACGUGCCGCUCGGCUGCGUCGCCCCUCUGCGGCCAAAGUCUGCGGGCGACGCGUGUCUCGUGACGGACGGUGCAUGGCGCGGAUCGCGCGUCACCUUUGAGUCGGCCGACGGCGAGAUUGCAGAGUGCACCAUGGGCGACGGCCAGCCGCAGGAGCUGCCCCUCGACCAGCUCGCCCUCGCAUAG